AAAAAUCGCCAUCAAGAUCGAAACCAUCCAACAGCAUCAUCGCCGGCAACUACUAGUCUGCGAGUCAAUUGAAAAACCAAACUCCCCCAAAAACCCCAUUCUUAGAGAAUAUCAAAACCCUUUCUUUCUCUUUUUGCGUUUUCUUCCAUUUCAGUUCCUGCAAUCCAUGGAAUCCAACGGUAGUCCCACGAGGGCAGGAGGAGAUAUGGAGAACAGCUUGGAGAAGAUCAAGCGGCAGCUGACUUCGGGUUCCGGAAAGAAUAUCUUGCAGGGGCCGCUUCUCAAACGAUCUGAAACGCUGAGGAAAUGGAACGAGCGAUGGGUGAUCUUGGAUCCUACCACUGGGAAAAUGGAAUACAAGACUCGGAGAAAUGAGACAGUUGUCAAGGGAACCAUCGAAUUUGAUUCAAAUAGCACAGUCACUGUUUCUCCUGUGAACUUUCAUGGACUGCCGAAGUAUGAUGGCUGCUGCUUUUAUAUUGGGACUCCACAGAAAAAGGAGUACUAUCUUUGCGCAGAAACUCCUGGUGCUACUAGAGCUUGGGUAUCCACUUUACAUGCAACACAGUUGGUACUAAGGGCUCACAAAGAGGCCGUGAACUCUCUGACUGGGAAUGGUUCUGCAAAACUGGGAACUGUUGCUACUGUGGUUGCCGCUGCCAACUCAACAGCGAUGGAAUCUUCCAAAGAAAUUGAAGCUGCGAUGAGGAUAUCUAUGAGAGCAGCUUUGGGUUUGCUCACAAACAAGACAAAUGAUGGCCAACUGGAUGAUCUGACAAUCAUGAAGGAGACUCUUCGGGUCAAGGAUGAGGAAUUACAGCAGUUGGCAAGAGAACUUCGUGCUCGUGAUUCAACAAUAAGGGAGAUAGCAGAUAAAUUAUCUGAUACAGCUGAAGCUGCAGAGGCUGCAGCAUCUGCAGCUCAUGCAAUGGAUGAAGAGCGGAGAAUUGCUUGUGCAGAAAUUGAACGCUUAACCAAGGAAACACAGAAGCAGCUCGAGUCAUCCAUGUUGAAGUUGAGAGCAUCUGAAGAACAAGUGAUGGCUCUAAGUAAAGAGAGAGAACAGCUGUUGAAGCAAAGAGAUUCUGCCUUUCAAGAAGCACACAUGUGGCGUUCUGAGCUUGCAAAAGCUCGAGAACGUGUGGUAAUAUUGGAAGGAGCUGUUGUUAGAGCUGAAGAGAGGGCCAGGGUCUCGGAGGCAGCUGCUGAAGCUAAGCUAAAGGAUGCUGCGGAGAAAGAAUCAACUGCUGCAAAAGAGAAGGGAGAGCUUCUAGCAUAUGUGAAUAUGCUGCAAACACAAGUUCAAAGGUUACCUUUUGACCCCUCUAGACAGCAGAGCAGUGGAAAACAGGUUUUCGAAGAGAAAACUGAGUCAUGCUCGGGUGCCAAUACUACCCUCCCAUUGACAAAGCACGUGGACUCGUCGGAGGACGAUGUGGACAAAGCUUGUUUGAGCAUUUCAAGAUCAAGAUCAGUCCCGGAAUCUGGGAUCGCUGACAAUGAAUGGAGUGAUGUUCAAACGACAGAUGCAAGGAUAGCUGAUGUAAAGGAGAUCUCCCCAGAAGGAGAGGGAAGCAGCUUAGAUAUUCCUGUGGUUAGUGUACCGGUUGACAGCUGUGAUGAUGUGGGGAGCUCUCCUCAACCCUGAAAUGCUUGUUCUAGAGCCUUGCGGAAACUGUAAGUUAGGGAGAAUGAUACUUGCACACUGACUCAUUGCAUGAGUUCCCAUGAGAAUACAUUGCGGAUGUGUACAAGAUCUGGUCGAUGGCCCCUCUGGUGAUCUCCAUCAAACAUGGGUCAUGGCCCUAAAGUCAAGCCUCUUUGAUGAAACGGCUUGAUCAAAAUGGGCCCAAAUGGAAAGUGACCUUCUAUUUUUUAUUCCUGAAAUCAUGUACAGGUUGCCCUAGUUUCGUGAUUUAUGGGCAGCGCUUAUAUACAGUGUGGAUCAUUUGGAUGAAUUUCUCCUGGUCAUGUGCUCAUCUGCCAAUGUGUCCCCAUGGGAACUCGUGUCGGUAAGUCUCUGUUCGAAUAGCAUUUCUCCAUUGCUAUGUGGUCCAUUCUAGAGUUCUUUGAUGAUAAAUAUCAAAGUUUUUUCGUACCAUAAUCAAUCUUGUUAUUUAUGAUGCCAAAUAAUAGCUUUACAGGAAAAUACAAAUGCCCAAGUUUGAGGA